AUGCAGAGCGACUUCUAUGUUACACUUCGCCCCUACACUUCGGGUCAGGCACUCCACGCUGUCUUCAAUACGACCGAGGAAUCAAUCUUGAAACAAAUCAAGCCACCAAUUGCUCCACUGUUCAACAUAUCGAGUGCCGCAACUCUGGAACCGUUGGUUGAUGAGGUCUUAGAAUGCAUCCGCGGCAGGUUCGAUGAACGCUUCGUUGGCACGGGGCAAAUCUUUGACAUGGGACAAUGGCUGCAGUUCUUUGCUUUCGAUGUCAUGGGUACCAUGACCUUCAGUAAGCGAUAUGGUUUCUUGGACAAAGGAAGAGACGUGGGAGGGAUGCUGGGUGCCAUAGUUGACUUCAUGAGAACGGCUGCACCGGCCAUCAAGGAGAAGAAGGAGAAAAUGGAGAGUAAGACCAGUAAAUCUGAAGGUCAAAUCGACUUCCUCACACGCUAUAUCGAAUUGCAAAAGCACAACCCCUCCAUACCACCGUGGGCGCCCACAGCCUGGACAUUCUCCAAUGUCAUUGCCGGAUCCGACAGCGUUGGCACAUGCAUGCGAACUAUGCUUUACCAUCUCCUCGCUUACCCAAACACCUUUGACAGACUGUACAAAGAAUUAUUGGCGGCCAAGACAUCACGCCCGUUUCCCUCAUAUAGCGAAGUGCGCGAGCUCCCUUACCUCGAAGCAUGUGUUCAGGAGGCGAUCCGUGUGCAUCCGCCAUUUGCAUUGCCGCUGGAGCGAGUAGUCCCAGAUGGUGGCAUGACUGUUCUGGGUUACUUUCUUCCAGGUGGAACGGUCAUUGGUGGAAGUCCAUACGUUGUCAAUCGAGACACAAGUAUGUUUGGUGAGGACGCAGAGUUCUGGCGUCCAGAGAGAUGGCUUGGAGGCGAUGCCGCACAUAAGAGGAGCCUGGAAGCCAGUAUGCUGACAGUGAGGGCAUCCUUUGGACUUCUCGCUGUCAUUGCUUUACUGACACAUAAUGCAGUUUGGUGCUGGACGGCGUAUAUGUCUAGGGCGACACGUCGGUAUUCUGGAAAUCAAGAAACUCAUAGCAUUUCUGGUUCUGACAUACGAGGCAAGGACCUGAUCUAUGCCGUCGAGGAAAGAUUGCUGACGGUGACAGAUUCGACUAGUUGA